AGGGGAGGAGCAGGUACAACUGUGCAAGACUGGAGGGGAGGAGCCGGUAAAGCCUGUGCAAGACUGAAGGGGAGGUGCCGGUACAACUGUGCAAGAGUGAAGGGGAGGAGCCGGUACACCUGUGCAAGACUGAAGGGGAGGAGCCAGUACAUCUGUGCAAGACUGAAGGGGAGGAGCCAGUAUACCUGUGCAAGACUGAAGGGGAGG